CGCGUUUUGACUGCCGCUUUGGCGCGAGAGGCAGAGAUCAGGCGCGCCGCGUGCUGCCAUUUACGCGCUGGGAGCGCGGGUGCUGGUCUCUAUAGAUCAGCUGUCAGCGCUGCUGCAACACCGCGCAGCGAAACGCUAGAUAGAGCGAAGGAUGGCGGAAAAGCUGCAGGUGGUCCUCGCCGAGGACAGCGUCGAGGCGGAUGAAACGAGCCCAUGCUCGCCGCGGUCGCCGCGUCGGCGGUGGCGCGCAAUGCGUCGGUCCGCGCGCGGCGCGGCCGCUUUGCUGCUCGUCGCCGCCGUCUUCCGCCGGCCGCCGUGCCGCGCGCGGCGCUCGAGGCGGCUCGUCGCGUCCUGGAGCCGCAGACUCCGCGGCGAGGGCGGCAAGCGCCUGAGCGUCGCCUCGGACGCGCCGCGUCUCGAGUCGUGCGCGGUCGAGGCCUUCCACGGCGGCGGCGACGCGUACGCGGCGGCGGAGCCCCGCGCGCGAGGCCUCGUGCCCGUCGAGGUGGAGCCGUGGAUGGUCAACGCCACGGCGAGGCGCGUCGCGUCGCUGAAACUCGACGACCAGCGCGCGUGCGUCCGCGUCGGCGGCUGUGUGGAAAUCAACCACUGAGUUUGGUGUUCACCCGAAUCGAAAGUAUUCAUAUCUCGGCUGUUUCUCGGUCGAUGGCUCGUUUCUUCACGAGCAGAUAGCUGCGGACAUCCUCUUUAUUAUGAUUGACAAUCCACGGUCGAAACGGGUUCGUUUGACCCAAGUUGCAGUGGCCUUGAACUUUUGAUUUCCACCCAGGUCGGCGGCGCGCUCGUGCGGCUCGCGUCGCCGAACGUGUUCAUCGCGGGCUGGAGCCGCUCGGGCACGACGUCGUUGCGGGCGGGCCUCGCGAAGAGCGUGCCGGGGCACCUGGUCGUCGGCGCCGAGGGAAACGACGGCCAUCCGGGCGAGGGCCUGUACUUCAAGGGCAACGGCAAGGGCUCGGUGCAGUACGGCGACUACCUGCGGCGCUUCUCCAAGUCGCUCGCGGGGUACGACCGCCCCGGGCUGUGCGCGUGCGACGCGCCCACAGCGGACCGCUGCGUCGACGGCGCGGGCCUGCGGUACUACGACGGCCCCGCGGACAGGACGCCGCGCUGGUUCGUCGACAAGACGCCCGACUACCACACGCGCGUCGAGGUCAUGCUGAGCAUCCACUACAAGGCCCCCGCGGCGAAAAUCGUCCUCUCGACGCGGCACCCGCGGGACUCCGCGUGGAAAUCAACCACCGAGUGAGACCGGCCUGAAACAUUAAAAAAGCUCCAUAUCUCGGCCCUUUCCCCCCGGUCGAUGUCGCUCGUUCUUUCACGGGCGGACAGCUGUUGACGUCCUCAUGGAGUUCGCCUAGGCAUGUCACCUCGUUCAGACGACGGAUUCGUUGGACCCAUGUCGCGGUGACCUUGGAAUACUUUGAUUGCCACCCAGGUGGAACUUCGCGGCGCGCGUCGACGCGGACGGCCGCGCAAGCUACCUCCGCCAGAACUGGUCCAAGCUGAUGAAGGAUCUCAGACAGGCGGGCUGCCCCGCCGACGCGCGGUCGGAUCCGGGCCUGUGGGACAAGCGCGGCUGCUCGUUCGUCGCGUCCCCGUUCGCUCUGCGGAAGCUGCAGGUGUCCGAGACCCAGGCAUCGUACUUCAAGCUCGUCCACUACGUCUACGCGGUCGAGCUCUUCCAGCGCCUCUGGGGCGCGGACCACGUCUUCGUGCUGCGCUUCGAGCGCUGCCUCGGCGAGACGACGUGCGGCCCCGCGCUCGCCUCGUUCUUGGGCAUGGAGCCGCGCUGGAUCCACGCGGACCCGUACGCCGAGUUCAAGAACGAAGGCGCGGGCCACAAGAAUGUCGAGGAGCACAAGAAAGAGGCGCGCCACGUCCUGAACGAUCCGAACGCGACCAUGGCUCUGCUGGGCUUCGAGCCGCAGAUGGCCGAGGACUUGCUCUGGCACGAGCGCCUCCUCCACGACCUCCUGGGCUGGGACUGGGACUGGGACGCGUCGAACCCCGUGGCUGAUGCCGCGCUCCCAUCCCCCGCGGAGGACGCGUCGCUCUCCGCUGCGGAGGACGCGCCGCUCUCCGCAGCGGAGGACGCGCCGCUCUCCGCCGCGGAGGACGCGCUGCUCUCCGCACGGGUCGCUCUGUUGACCGCGGAGAACGCGGCACUACGGGCCGACGUCGCUCGCCUCCGCGCGCGUCUCCCCAGCCAGCCUUCGAAUUCGCCUAUGGCGGCAAGGCCUCCUACUUCCAGUGCAAGAAGUGCUUUCAGGGCGUGAGAUUCGCGUAGGCGCCCACUCCAUCGAAGACGCCGUCUAUCCUCUCCCCUAGCCGUCUGAAUCAAGAGUAAGACGUGGUCGUGUUGA